AUGUUCGCACACACAGUGCCCGCCGUAAACUGGGGGAUAUUGUACAUGUCAUACCUGCAGGCCCCAAAACGCCUUUCCGUGGGGUAUCAGAUCGUCCAACGUGAGAAUUCCAAAAAGUGCAAGACUGAGAUUGGUCGGUCUAUCGUUGUGAUCGUUCACGCGCAUCGCAUGCAGUACCGUGGAAGCAAAUAUGGGAAAGGACUGUCGCGAGGAGCAUGGUCGACGCAAGAUACUGUGUGCUCCAGCCUUGGAGUUUCGAAAGUUGCGGUGGGUAUCGUGGUCCGGAUCGGGCACUAUGGGCUCGGAGACGAUUACAACCGGUAA